AUGGUGAAAAGUCAAAAAUCAAAAACGACCAAGGGCAAGAGUGCAAGGUCGAAAUCGUCGAAAAGAAGCAGCGAGUCGAGAAAAGAAAGAUCCAAGGCUGCGCUGGAAGCAGCAAAGAAGAGGCAUGCCGCAAAAAUCCGAAAGACGUACCAGGACGGCAUUGCACGCCUCCAGGCUGCAAUCAACCAGGACACGACGGAAAGCAGGAAGAUCAACGACAAGCUUGCGGAGCUUGCGGUUGACAGCAGCAAAAAAGCGCGUCAGCAAGCGGUCGAGGCGGCAGCGGAGAGGAAGGAGAUCCUCAAAAGACUCGAAAAGAAUAAGGAGCUCGCCGAGAGCAUCGAAGAGAAGAUAGAAUUAGCCGCGGCAGACAAGGCACGCAAGGAGAUGGAGAAGAUGGAUGUCGACGAAACCGGCGAGAACGAGACGACAAGCGAUGAGGACAGCAGCGAGUCCGGAAGUGAAUCGGACGAAUCACAAUCGUCUGGUAGCGAAUCUUCGUCCGCAUCAGAGUCAUCAUCAUCGUCUGCGACAGAAGCAAAAAAGCGGAAGAAAAAAGGGAAGGGCGAGAAGAAGAACAAGAAGAAGAAGGGCAAGGGCGAGAAAGGAAAGAUCAAACUCACAUCGGCGCGAGCGAAGGAUACAACAACGUUUGUCAAGUUUGGAAGUGGCGGGGACGACCCCCUGGGACUUGGCGAGAUGGGUAUCGCCGUAAAGACGACCAAAGGAAAGGACAAACCGAAGGAGAAGAAGAAGCAGGCGGAGCGCGAAGUCGACGAACGGACGCGCGCGAUCGACAAGUUGCUGGAGGGCAUUGAAGGACCGCCAGAGCCGGAGGAGGAAAGGGCGGAAGAAGGAGAGGAGGACAAUAUGGACGGCUCGGAAGCAGAAGGAAGAGCACAAGUAGCGACAGAAAUGGCCACGCGAAGCGAGGAUAGCGAGUUGAGCGGCAGCGAGGAAGCCGUACAGGGCGAGGACAGCGAGAAGAAGCAUCACAUCAUGGCUGAUGAAAACGACGAAAACGAGAGCGAAGGAAGCCAGGAAGAGACGGGCAAAGUGCCCAAAGGAGAAGAGGCGGAGGAGAGGAAACCGAGCGGCGAGCCAAUCCCAAAGUCGAAGUGGAAAGGCUACAUCUACGUACCUAUCAAGGAAGAGACCGAGGAGACCGAACAGCAGCUGCCAAAGGCAGACGAGAUGACUGGACGCACUACUCAAGUUGACAACGAAAUCGACGAGAUUGGUUCGAUCCCACGGAAGUUAAUGGAGGCCUUCGCCGAAGGAAGGCACCCCAUGCAUACAGAAUUAGCUACAGAAAACGGGGUACUCGAACACCCGGUGUACGAGAAGAGUGACAAGUCGAUUCCACUCGACGAAGGGAUCGCAGCGAUCAAGCGGCACUACAGUCUGAUGAAGAGCAACUGGCCGGAUGUUGCCAAGUUCUGGAAGUCGUUCUGGAACAACUUAUAUCACAGUAAGGUGAUAUCGAAGAACGAAUGGCCCGUGCUCCGCGAACUAGCAAUCGAGACAAUCCAACGAUGCAUCCCAAACCCGAAGGCUGGCGCGAGACUUGUGCCAGAUCCGAACGACGAGAAGGCACUGAUGCGGGCAGAGAUGAGGGUAAACGUCGGAUAUGUCGACCGGCUUGACGCGCUGGAGAAUCGAGUCGAAAGGAGUGGGGCGAGUAUGGGAAGCUCGGCGAGCCUGUCAAAUGGGAAAACGGACGGCAGGAAGGAUGGAGGGCAGAGAGGAUCAGGAGAGGAAACAAAGGCGAGGGCGCAAGACGCCAAAUCGAUGGCGCAGACGUCAACGUCAAAAAGAAUGCCAAAGGGGACUGGACGCUUUUCGAUGGAACGUCCUUCUGCUGGUCAUUCAACACGGCCAAAGGAUGUUCGGCGAGCCGUUGUGCAAAUGGAAAGCACGUAUGCACGGGAUGCCUAUCAGCCAGCCACAGUGCCCAAUCAUGCAAGCGCGGACAAAACUGACACGAAUGGAAGACAACCAGAGCCAGUGACCCCGCUACAGGCCAAGAAGUGGGAGGAAGCGCUUAAAUAUCUUGAUAUUUUGGAGGAGCAUGCGACGCUCAUAGAUGGACUUAAGAACGGCUUCAAUAUGCAGUGCCAGUUGGCAAUUGACGAAACACGAGUAUACCCACACCUGAGGUCAGCGGUCGAGCACCCCAAAGUGAUAGAAGAUCAUAUAGAAAAAGAGGUUGCAGCAAAUCGAUAUGACGGCCCACAUACACGCGAGGAAGUCGAGAAAAGGCUGGGCGCAUUUGUGGCAAACCCACUUGGAACGGUCGACAAGGCGAGUGGAAGGGGAAAACGCGUAAUUGAACACCUAUCAUUCGCCUACGAAGAUGAACAACAAUCAGUAAACGCACAAACGAAUAUCGAGAACCUCGGAACGAACUGGGGAGGACUGGCAGAGAUGAUAGAGCUCAUCGUGACCUCGCCAGAUGGAGCACAAGGUGCAACGAUAGACUGGGAAGCGGCGUUCAGAAACUGCCCUAUACGUCCAGAGGAUUGGAGAUACGGAGUAGUCGAAUGGAACGGGAAAUUCUGGAUCGACAAGGCGGCAAAGUUUGGCGCAAAAUCAUCCGUUGGCAUAUUCGAACUACCGAACAGAGCGUUCGUAGAAAUCUGCACACGGAAAGAGCUCGGAACGAUCAUAUACUGGGUAGACGACCUGAUGAUCCGACGACUUCCAGUACGGAGAGACGGGGAGGAAUGGAUAUAUGGAAUGGGAAUAGCGAAAAUAUUGGAGCUUGGGGAGGAGCUGGGAAUCCCCUUUCCGCCGGACAAGGUGCACGACUUCGCCAACAUCACGACGUACGUCGGCUUUGACUGGCAUUGGCAAGAACGUGCAGUCAGUGUCAGCGAGUCAAAGCGGAAGAAGAACCUAGCAUUGGUACAGGAGGUGUUGGAAGAAGGAAGGAAGACGUCCGGGGAAAGGCUGCAGACGAACGCACACGAGAGCUUUAUGGGCGACGGUAGCGAAAAUGGGCCUACCGAACCAGCACUCGAAGUAUAUCAAGUGGAACAUGCCGGAGAAGGCGAAGUGCGACCUCAGAUGGUGGAAGGAAACGCUCGAGAAGCCGGAGAUAAAGAUUCAGCUAUGUACACAACGCGAACCAAACUGCAAGUACCGGAUCUACACAGACGCGUCGACGGAUGGGGACUGGGCGUCGUGAUCGAUGAUGAAUACGACAAAUUCAGGUUGGAAAGUGACUGGAGAACGAGGGAGGGCGAUGGCGCAGAACGAGAGAUUGGAUGGGCAGAAUUUGCGGCGGUCGAGCUAGCAGUCGAGUUCAUACUGCAACGGCCAGAAGCGGAAAGGACGCACAUAGAGAUUUGCACAGAUAACCAGGGCGUAAUUGGCGGCUGGAAGAAGCGGUUAUCGAGAAACGAGGCGCAAAACGAGGUUCUCGGGCGAAUUCUACACCGGCUAGUGCGAGCAGAGGCAUACCUGACACUGACAUAUGUGCGGUCGGAAGAAAACCCAGCCGACGGGCCAUCGAGGGGGGUAGAGCCGCCCGGAUACACUCAGAGGAAGCUGGGGAGAUUCCCAAGGUCAUUGGUCGGUUAUGUACGAAGAGCCUAG